UCAUUUAAUUAUUCAUUAUAAUUUUUAAAUUAUCAAAUGGAAUUUAUAGAAAGUAGAUGUUAUAAGUUUUAGGAUUAAUACAUAAUUCCUUAAUGCUAAUCACUAAGAAUACUCAUAAAUUUUCAAAUUUAGGUUCAUCAUUUGGAAACAAAAGAUGUCAUGCAAAACACACGGUUGCAUCCAAUUUUCCUAUUGGUACAGCAAGCUCAUCUUCUGCACGAGAUACCAAUUACCCACAAAUGUUUAGAACUCCGUUAUCUGCUGGAAAUCCCCAGAGAUCAGGCUAUAAAAGUUGGACACCACAAGUAGGAUAUUCAGCCGCAUCCUCUGCAGCGUCCGCACACGCCCCGUCCGUCAUCGUAGCCGUGGUGGAAGGAAGAGGGCUGGCCAGAGGCGAGAUCGGGAUGGCGAGCAUCGACUUAAAGAGCCCGCAGAUUAUCUUGUCGCAGUUCGCAGACAACACAACGUAUGCAAAGGUGAUUACUAAGCUCAAAGUUUUAUCACCUUUGGAAAUAAUAAUGUCAAACACUGCUUGUGUUGUGGGAAAUUCAACCAAGUUGUUUACGCUGGUCACAGAAAAUUUCAAGAACGUUAAUUUCACUACAGUCCAAAGGAAAUACUUCAAUGAAACAAAGGGCUUAGAGUACAUUGAGCAGUUAUGCAUCGCCGAGUUCAGCUCUGUCCUGAUGGAGGUUCAGUCCAGGUAUUACUGCCUCGCAGCUGCUGCAGCCUUGUUAAAAUAUGUUGAAUUCAUUCAAAAUUCAGUUUAUGCACCAAAAUCACUGAAGAUUUAUUUCCAAGGUAGUGAACAGACAGCCAUGAUAGAUUCAUCAUCAGCCCAGAACCUUGAAUUGCUUGUUAAUAACCAGGACUACAGGAACAAUCACACUCUCUUUGGUGUUCUAAAUUACACGAAGACGGCAGGAGGGAGCAGAAGGCUGCGCUCUAACAUCUUGGAGCCCCUGGUUGAUGUGGAGACCAUCAACAUGAGGCUGGACUGUGUCCAGGAGCUGCUUCAGGACGAGGAGCUCUUCUUUGGGCUCCAGUCAGUCAUCUCAAGAUUCCUGGAUACGGAGCAGCUGCUUUCUGUUUUAGUUCAAAUCCCAAAGCAAGACACGGUUAAUGCAGCUGAAUCAAAGAUAACAAAUUUGAUCUACUUGAAGCAUACUUUGGAACUUGUGGAUCCUUUAAAGGCCACCUUGAAGAACUGUAGCACACCCUUGCUAAGAGCUUACUAUGGCUCCUUGGAAGAUAACAGGUUUGGACUCAUACUGGACAAGAUCGGAGCAGUGAUAAACGAUGACGCUCGGUACACGAAAGGCUGCCUGAGCAUGCGCACUCAGAAGUGCUACGCAGUGCGCUCCAACAUCAGCGAGUUCCUAGACAUAGCUAGGAGGACGUACACAGAGAUAGUGGAUGACAUAGCCGGAAUGAUAUCACAGCUUGCAGAGAAGUACAACCUUCCACUCCGGACCAGCUUCAGCUCUGCUCGGGGCUUUUUCAUCCAGAUGACUACAGACUGUGCUGCGCUCUCCAGCGACCAGCUUCCCUCAGAGUUUAUUAAGAUUUCUAAAAUGAAAAACUCUUACAGCUUUACAUCAGCAGAUUUAAUUAAAAUGAAUGAAAGAUGCCAGGAGUCUUUGCGAGAAAUCUAUCACAUGACUUACAUGAUAGUGUGCAAGCUGCUUAGUGAGAUUUAUGAGUACAUUCAUUGCUUGUACAAGCUCUCUGACACUGUGUCCAUGCUGGAUAUGCUGCUGUCUUUUGCUCACGCCUGUACUCUUUCUGACUACGUCCGACCAGAGUUUACUGACACUUUAGCAAUCAAACAAGGAUGGCAUCCCAUUCUUGAAAAGAUAUCUGCAGAGAAACCUGUUGCAAACAAUACGUAUAUUACAGAAGGGAGUAAUGUUCUGAUCAUAACUGGACCGAAUAUGAGCGGAAAAUCCACGUAUUUAAAACAGAUUGCACUUUGUCAGAUCAUGGCCCAGAUUGGCUCUUACGUUCCAGCAGAAUACGCCUCCUUUAGGAUUGCUGAGCAGAUCUUUACGAGAAUCAGCACUGAUGAUGAUAUUGAAACAAAUUCAUCAACAUUUAUGAAAGAAAUGAAAGAGAUAGCGUAUAUUCUGCAUAAUGCUAAUGACAAGUCACUCAUAUUAAUUGAUGAGCUUGGCAGAGGCACUAAUACAGAAGAAGGCAUUGGAGUCUCUUACGCGGUCUGUGAGCAUCUGCUGAGCAUAAAGGCAUUCACACUCUUCACAACCCACUUCCUGGAGCUGUGUCACAUAGAUGCCCUGUAUCUGAAUGUAGAAAACAUGCAUUUUGAAGUUCAGCAUGUAAAGAAUACCUCAAGAAAUAAAGAUGCAAUUUUGUAUACGUACAAACUUUCCAGGGGACUCACAGAAGAAAAAAACUAUGGAUUAAAAGCUGCAGAGGCCUCCUCACUUCCACCAUCGAUUGUUUUGGAUGCCAGAGAGAUCACAACACAAAUUACAAGGCAAAUUUUGCAAAAUCAAAGGAGCUCCCCAGAGAUGGACAGGUGGAGAGUUGUGUACCAUCUUGCCAUGAGGCUUGUCCAGGUCGCUCGAAACUCCCAACUGGAACCAGACAGGCUGCGGACGUACCUGAGUAAUCUCAAGAAGAAGUACGAAGAGGACCAGACCAGGGCUGCGGACCUUCCCGAGGGGACUGAGGAAUAGCAGCUCACCGCUUACACAGUGCCAGCAGGAUGAUUCAUUUGGUAAAAGCACUUCUGCCAACCCAGACAACCUGAGUUCAGUUCCUGGAACCCAUAUGGUGAAGUGAGAGAAUCUGCCAACUCCACAUCCACACCGUGGUUUACAUGCAUGUGUGCAGACAUUGUUUUUAAUAUCUAGCACAGUGCAAGUGAUGUAGGAAUACACACUGAGGAAACAAGAAAGAUAUACACAACCGGGACUCUUCUGUGUAAGUGUCUGCUCAGACACGUGGCUUUCACACCACAUCAGCUUUCAAAGGUCACUGUUAUUUUGUAAAAGAGCAAACCAGCCAGUCAUUUAUUUCUUACUGGAAAGGGCUCUUCUCUUCAACACCACCUCAUUUUACAAUCCCAUCUCAGUGGGUGAUUGCUCCUGAAGUCAUAAUUCACAAAUCUGCCCUGUAGACUUUUUUCUUAAACAACCAAGUACCUGGAACUUGAGUGCACAUUGACCCGUUGGUUUAGUAGUUGCAAUCUUCAUAAGGGUUUGGCCAGCAGAAUUAUUCACAGACUGCUUAUGCUGUGCUGUCUGUUUGUGUGUAUGUGCUUGUGUCUGUAUGAGUGUGUGCCGCAUGUGUGUGGCUUCUGCAGAGGCCGGAAGAGGGCAUUGGAUCCCCUUGAGCUGGAGUUAGCAGGUGCCUGUGAACUCCCAUGUGGUGCUAGGAAUCUAACUCAGGUCCUCUGUAAUAUCAAGAAGCACUCUGAACAGCUGAGCCAUCUUCCCAGCGUUCCUCUAGUUUUUACUAUGUGGAUAUUUUACAGGAUUUAUUAGUUAUAUAUACUGACUUCAUUAAGCUUGGUUCAGUAUUGAAACUAAUAGCCAGAUAUAUUAAAGAAGUCAUAAUUCAAAUGAUAUGCAGAUGUUUUGAAGAAGUAAAUUACCACUAUUGUGUAUGCGUUAUGUACAGUAUCUUGUUUAAUUACUUGCAUAUUUCCUAUUUCUCUGUCUUUGAAAGAGAGUAUCAGUAUGUUUGAACUUUACCAUUAGUUGCAUUUUAAUUAAUAUUUGCAAUGUACACUUUCCUAAAAUCAGAUGAUCUGGGUUUGCAGUGGCCUUGUAAGGGAGCCCUGAAGAGGGAUGGAUGUUAGCAGAGAGGAGACAGUAGAGGCAGCAUGGGAAUGGGCGGUGAGGGGGGUAAUGGUCCAGCAGUGGGUGAAAUAGCAGACAUGCUCCAGGCUAUUUAACCUCAGUUAAACCCCCUAGACAGCUAAGAAUUUUUCAUCAUUUAAAGCUACAAAACUUUCAGCCAGCUAAUCAAUCCAUUUUAUUUUUAUGUAGAUAUUUAAAUAAAAAUUUUAUUUUUUCUUAAAAUUACUUUUUCAUAAGCUGUUUUGCAUGUGACAGAAACAUACCGCAAAGCACGUAAAAUGAAGACCAUUACAAUAUCACAGGUACAGCUAAUACCAGGAAACAGUUCCUUCUUGGUUUUAAGGCUUCUGUCUUUGCUGUUUUCUGUGGCUUCCUUCUAUGGUAUAGAUAAGUAUCCCACAGUCCAACCUGUCACUGUAACCGCCCACAAUGUCUUGACAAGCCGCUUGUGGCAAUUUGAAUGAGAAAUGUCCCCCAUAGGCUCAUGCACUGCACACGUGGUCCCUAGUUGGUGGCACUGUUGAGGUUGUGGAGCUUUGCUAGAGAAGUGUGACACAGCCUGGGCCUUACAUGUUAGAGCCUUGCCCUGCUUCAUUUUGCUGCUUGUAUGGGUUGAAUGUGAUCUGUCAGCAUCCUGUCUCUUUGACCAUGCCUUGCCUACCAUUGUGGACAUGUAGCCUCUCUAGAACUGUACGCCAAAAUAAACCCUUCCUUAAGUUAUU